AUGAACUCUCGAUUCGUGGUCAUGGUAGAGCUACCGGAGAUGUCGUGCUCUCCCCAGACACUGGAGCACAUAGUCGGCCAAGUGAGGAAAUUCUUCGACAGAUUAUCAAGUGAGCUUAGGGCAUCUACAGGUCAACAUCUCAGAGCCACGAUCGGUCCAUGGAAAGCUCAGCAUGCCCAGUGGGCAGGAGAGUGUCCAGUCAAGGUGCCUCAGAACUCGCAAAAUGAUGCUUCUAUACCAAUAACAUUGUUCUUGAAAGACUCUGCUAGACAUGAUUUCUUAGGGACCCGCCCGGCACAAGUUGGUGGAGUACAGGCGCAGGUCCAGCUACAAGGACUCGAUGGGCGAGUUUCUGCAGGAGAGGGUCGUGGCCUUGAACAGCGCUUGGCCCAAGGCGUGGAACUUGAAGAUCUCAACACACUCUUUCCUGGCCAUGACUUCGGGACACCUUUCGAUGCCUCGUCCUCACCAAUUACGGGUCAGUCUCACCUCUAUCAGAAAUUUGCGGACGGAUUCGAUAUCAAUGGCCAACCACUACCGCCAAAGCAUCAACUGUUGUCGUCAAAUGUCACGAACCCCCCAAGCACCCGAGAGAAUGAUAUCGACCCUCAAAAUGGUGACGAAAUUCUCAUCUGUCAAGCCGCCAAUAACCUUGCCGCAAGACCAAUCUCCGAAUAUGCGGCCUUCCAAGGAACUUCAUACUCUACACUGCGAUGGGAGACUCCGCGUUCCCCAGCCGACUACUUUACACCUGGACUUGGCAGGCCGAGCAAGUCACGCUCUCCAUCUCGCAAGCGAGGCUAG